ACAGUAUUAAUAUCCUUGGCAGUAGCUGUCAGUAACAGCUUGUGGAACACGGCAUUUAUUUUAAGAGUGUAAAGCAUUAAAAUAUAUAAUAAGACAUCAGAAUUUUGAAGAAAUAAUGAGGGCUACUGCUGCAUUCUUUCUCGUGAAUUUUGGAUUAACACUCUGUGCAGACAUUCCUGCUGAAUAUAAUAUAACUACCAGAUUCAAGAAUCCAACAGAAAACAAUGCAGGCUGUUCCAUCAAGCUGAAGCCCACAGACUGCGAUGAAGGUGAACUAUGCGGUUAUCAGAUAAAUAUUCCACCAUUAACCCUGAAGCUUCCUAAGGAGACAAAACUACUUGAAAAGACCGUCAAAAUAGUUAAAAGUUUAACAGCAACAGUAAAUAUGAUGAAGCAAAAGUGGCUGAAAGAACAUCGGAAAAAGCGUACCAUUCCUGAUCAACUUAUUGCAAAAAAAAAAAUUGGAAAAGAAAAUAACAAGAUAACAGCAUUGGAGGAGAAAGUAAAAGUACUGACAGUUUCAUUACAGACUGCCAGAAACCAGAUCGAUUUGCUCGAGAGACGCUUGGAAGAGUUGAAAAUGGACACUGUUUUGCAUCACAUUACUGAUGAGCUUACAAGCAUCAACAACACAGUGAAUACAUUGAACAAUAAGUGUUACACGACUUGUGAACUUACAGGAAAACCUAAAGGUAUGUUAAAUAUAAAAGUACUGCCUCAAAAUUGCUCAAGUCUUUCCAAACAGAACAAUCGGAAAAGUGGCAUCUAUAAAUAUGCUGAUGGUUUGGAUAAAUAUUUUGAGGUCUAUUGUGAUAUGGAAACUGAAGGUGGCGGCUGGACGGUCAUUCAGUCGCGCAGAGAUGGUAGUGUCGAUUUUAAUCGCACCUGGGCAGAUUACAAAAAUGGUUUUGGGAACUUAUCAACAGAAUUUUGGCUUGGAAAUGACAAAAUACAUGUUUUAACAAAAUCCAAAAAUAUGACCUUAAGAAUUGAAAUUGAAGAUUGGGCAGGGGUGCAAAAUUAUGCCGAAUACAGUCAAUUUUCUGUUGCAGACGAAAAUGACCAAUAUCGUCUGACCAUUGCUGGCUACUCUGGUACAGCAGGUGAUGCAAUGCACAAUGGUAAAAAUUAUAACCAUGAUCAACAAAGGUUUACCACCAAGGACAAAGAUAAUGACAUGUACCCUUCAAGUAACUGUGGAGCCUAUUAUAGUUCUGGUUGGUGGUUUGAUGCUUGCAUAUCAGCCAACCUUAAUGGUAAAUACUAUAAGAAGUUCUAUAAAGGGAUCCAAAAUGGAAUUUUUUGGAGCACUUGGUACACGACAAAAACGGAAACUCUGAAUGGCUAUCGCCAUGCUUUAAAAACAGUUAGAAUGCUCAUCGGGCAGAAACAAAUUGUACCAUAAGCACAGAACAAUAACAAAAGCUUCCAAAAGCAAAAAAAAAAUGAAUGCUGGAAGUUUAAAAUAAAAACAGAAAAUGCAGGAAAUACUCAGCAGGUCAGGUAGCAUCUGCAGAUAAAAACAGUAAAGAUUUAGGUCAAUUACCUUUCAUCAGUACUGGAAAAGUGACUUUUUACCCCUGGAUUUGAAAUAUUAAUUUUAUAUCACACCUCCACAAAUGCAACUGAGUAUUUUCCAAAAUGUUUCUUUUUAUUCCAGAAGGUUAAAUUUUAAAGCAUAAAAAAUGUCAAUAUUAAACAUUUCUCUUUUGUUGUGGUCUUCUACUAUUAGUUGAUCUCACCUCACAGUGUACAGACUCACACUGUACAAACAGAGUGAGGUUCAUCUCCUAUUCAUCAAGUUAACUUUCAUAUCUUUAGCUCCAUCUUCAGCAUAAACUUCUUGAAUACUUUUGGCAUUUUGUAUUUAGUUCUCACAACGGAUCUGCCAAGCUUCACCCUACAGUCGCUCCAAAUAAUUAACUUUUCUACACACUUCUUGUUGAAUCAAUCUGCUUAAAAGGUACAAAUUUCUGAAGGAACUUUACAGGGUAGAGUUGAUCUCAGCCCUAAAACUGGAAGCAGUCUCAAAUAAUGGAUCAGCCAUUCAGAACAGGAUUUCUUCCCCCAGAGUGUAAUGGAUCUUUGGAAGACACAGUCCAAGAGAGCUAUGACUUUGAUGCACCGAGUGUCAUAAAGACUAAGAUUGAUAUAAUUUUAUGUGUUAAAGGCAAUCAAGAGAUAUGGGGUCAGUUCAGGAAAUUGCCACUAUGUUAAAAGAUUGUACGUAAUCUUACUGAAUGGCUGACAGACAUAAAAGGUCAAAUAACUUUUUUUUUUAAUGUUUAUAUAUUCUAAUUGUGAUCAUCCAUCAUUCUUCUCUUUUUAAUAUCCAUUAGAUCCCCAUUCAUCAACAUGUUAAAUGUUACUCUUGCUCAUCUUUGGUUCCCCUUAUGACCUUGUACUGUUAACCAUUCCCAUACCACACCACCAGCACUUUUGACAGUGACUUUCCAUACAUUCAUAUUGUCUUUUCCCUACCAAUAAUGGCCUGGAAUUUUGCUACUUUUCACACCCUUAAAAGCCACCUCAAACCUCGACUAUUUUUAUCUUCUUAAUUUCUUUGUGAUACACUAUCUGUUGCUUUUAAUAUUUAAAUUACCUUGUGACGUUAACAUUCGAUAUAAAAGCAAGUUGUUGUUGGGAAGGAGAAUUUAUUACAGAAAGAUAUGUACAUAUGGGUGUAAAAUAUUUCUACUCAUCGUUAUAAUCGUACACUAGGGAGAACAGGCAUUAGGUUCAUGUCAAAUAAUGAGGCGAGCCCCACGCCUCAAUUCUGGGCUCAUCCUAGAUAUUGUGCUUCCAGUGCAGUUCCAAAUCUGAAGCACAAAUUAAAUGAAUUUCUAUCCCCUCAUCUUUUAAAGAGGUGCACAGAGACAAUUUUAAUAUAUCUAUUUCCUAUUCUUUUGUAUGAGAAUUUCAGGAAAUUCUUAAGAAAAUUGAAUAGACUUUAUAGUUAAAAUACAUGAAAGAUUUUUUUAGAAAGAAAGCUUCAAACUAUAUAAUGUAAAUAUUGAUUGAUCAUUUUUGUAACAAUAGCCGCAUUCCCCUAAAUGCAAGCAAUAAAAUGUAUAACAUAACUUUUUUGUAUGCUAAUUAAUAUUCAAAUAGAAUCCUUUACCUUUGUACUUUUUCUACUGCUUCAGUAUCAUGUAAUUAUAAUGUUCAUGUGAUGACAAAUUACUCUGUAAUUAAUGGUAAUGAGAGUUCUAUCUGCUGCAAUUGUUGCUAAUUAUGAGAGAAGUAUUAUUGAAGGAAUCAAACUAAUACACUGUUGUUUAUGAAAGAUGAAUGUAAAAGCUGAUCAUAAAUAUUAACUUGCAUAGUGAUGUUUUUAAUAUACGCGUCUAAGACCUUUUACAAAUCAGUAAAGCUGAAAAAAUUAAAAUGUCCUUAAUAAAAUGAA